AUGCAUCGCAGAGAACAUCAUAUGAUAAAAGAUGCCACUCAAGAGGAACAACUACAGGAAAGAACGGAUGAGGAGAAGAAGGAAGAGGAAAGAGAGAAAGAGGAGAAGGAAGGGGAAAGAAUAGAAGAGGAGAGAAAAGAAGAGAAGAAGGAAGAGGAGAGAAAAGAAGGAGGAAGAGGAGAGAAAAGAAGGAGGAAGAGGAGAGAAAACAAGAAGAGAAGACGGAAGUGGAGAGAAAAGAAGACGAGAAGAAGGAAGAAAGAAGAAGAGAAGAAAGAACAGGAAGGAAAGGAAGAGGAGAAGAAAGAACAGGAGAGAAAGGAAGAGGAGAGAGACCAGGAAAAGAAUGAAGACUUGAAGAAAGAACGGUAUUCAAGAAAUGAGCAGGAAAAUAAAGAAGAGGAAAGGAAGGAAGAGGGAAAGCUACAAAGGAAAAGGAAAAAAGACAAAAGGUCUAAUGCCGAAAGAAAAAGGUUAAAAAAAAUAAGUAUGGUAACAACAUUUAGAAUAUUAGGUGAGGGAGAUUUUUUAACACUAGAAUGA